CGUAUUGUGCGAAAUCCAUAGCAAUUGAAAAAGUGUCGUUUCGUGAUCAGAUACUGUGUGUGUUGUGUGUCGAGAACAGUCGCGAGUGAACAGUGAUAUUGUGAACGGAUAAAUAAUUAAUAUAAUUAAGUUGUGAAAUCCGUAUAAAAUGCUACAUAUAUUUAUAAAUGGUUUAGUACACCAUAAGCCGCUGACAAUGAAUGAGGAAGUGAACAAAAAUUAAAACGGUGUUUUUAAUUUUAAACUUUAACUAACUCUAAAAAGGUUCUUACGAAAGUUCUGUUGAAUAAAAUUGUUUUGGAGUAAUCUUAUCAGUAAAACUUUCGAGUGAAUGAAGUAGUGAAAAUGAAUGUAUCCGGCUGCUAUGAUAAUAUGGAGAGUAUACCUACCCUCGGGGGUGUUGUGAAGGGCGCGGGUCGGAUGUUCUAUCUCAUAAACCCCAAGGAAAAUCUGUAUGAAAACGUCGAUGAUGUACCCAACUUAUAUGUGCAGUCAUGGCCGUACUUCUUCACGUUUAUGCUGUUGGAGCAUAUCGUCCUAAAAUUGAAGGGGAAGAAAGGCGUGAGACUCAACGACGGCAUCACCAGUAUCUCAAACGGGAUCUUUCUAGAAGGUGGCAGAUUGAUCUGGCGUGGCGCGGAGGCGUACCUGUAUACAUGGGUGCAUACCCACUUCAGACUAGUGGACCUACCCUGGGAUCACACCAGCACGUGGUUAUUUGCUGCCCUGGGUGUGGACUUCUGCUACUAUUGGAUGCAUAGAGCUUGCCACGAGAUUCACAUACUGUGGGCACAGCACCAAGUACACCACACCUCCGAAGACUUCAACAUGGGUGUCGGCAUCAGACAGUCUAUACUUCAGGGCUGGUGCGGAUUUUUGUGCUACGUACCGCUGGCACUGGCCAUCCCGCCGGCUCAGUUCGUGCUGCACCACCAGUUCAGCUACCUCUACAUGUUCUGGAUCCACACUGAGUCCAUCAAGACCCUAGGUCCGCUGGAGUACAUCCUGAACACGCCGAGUCAUCACAGGAUUCAUCACGGCAGUAACCCUUACUGCAUAGACGUGAACUACGGUGGAGUUCUGAUAAUCUGGGACAAACUUUUCGGAACAUUCCGACCAGAGAAGGAAGGUGAUAAAAUUGUCUACGGGCUCAUAUACAACCAGCCAUCCUUCAACCCGCUUCAUUUGCAGACUUUCUACACUGGAUAUGUAGUAAGCAGAUUCCGGGGCUACGACAACUGGGUCCAUAAACUAAGAGCUGUGUUCAGCAGGCCCAGCUGGAACCCUGUCAACGCUGUGCGAUUCAAAGACAUGGCUGAAGAUCCGGCGAUCCACACGAGGAUUAAGUAUGACGUCAUACUGCCGAGAUGGUGCUCAGUCUACCUGCUCACACAUUACGCUCUAAUUCUCUACGGUUUCCAUCACCUGUUCACUAUUCACUUGACAAUGCCGCCGCUCACGGUAUUCACACUUGUCCUCUACAUCAUGGGGUCGCUAACAGUGUUCGGUAUGAUACUAGACGCAUCGCCCCGAGCGCCUGCCUUCGAGAUGACCAGAUGCACCCUGAUAGUUCUGCUGGCUUACUUCUUGGACCCUUCAUACGGUGUCAUCGAUGCCCCCCUCCAAUUGUUCUACUUAGCCUCCGGUCUUUUCUGGUUCGUGUUCGUUUACAAGACCGUCGAGAUCAAGUCUGUUAAGCAAGGCAUAUGAAAUUGUAUCUGUAUCAGUCAUUAUAAACAAUAAACAAAAAAUAACUUUGA